AUAAUUAGGCCACGCCUACUGACCUUUUUGUGGGUGUGUGUCUGUUGUGCAUCACACAUGGUCACCAUUUAUACACUGGCUGCCUUUAGACAGACAAAACUAUGGCAGGUCUGCUGCGAUUUGAUGGAAAGGUUGCACUCAUAACUGGAGCUGGAGGAGGUCUGGGACGAGAAUAUGCAUUGCUGCUGGCUGCUAGAGGUGCUAAGGUGGUUGUGAAUGACCUCGGUGGUGACAUGCACGGUGGGGGGAAGUCCCCUGCUGCCGAUGCUGUCGUGGAGGCAAUCAAAAAAACUGGAGGAACUGCCGUAGCAAACUAUAACUCUGUGGAGGAGGGAGACAAGGUGGUGAAGACAGCCAUUGACAACUUUGGAAGACUUGAUAUUCUCAUCAACAACGCUGGCAUCCUGCGAGACCGCUCGUUCGCGAAGAUGUCCGACCAAGAUUGGGACCUUGUGUAUCGGGUACACCUGAAGGGAUCGUUCCAGGUCACCAGAGCAGCCUUCCCUCACAUGAGGAGACAGGGAUACGGAAGGAUUGUGAUGACAUCAUCCCCCUCUGGUCUCUACGGAAACUUUGGACAAGCAAACUACUCCUCAGCUAAAAAUGGUAUUGUCGGUUUGAGCAACACCGUUUCCAAGGAGGGAGCAAAAUACGACGUUCUCUGUAACACCAUAGCCCCCCAGGCCUGGUCUCGUAUGACCAAGGACAUCUAUCCACCAGAGAUUGAGGAGCUGAUGAAGGUGUCUGACGUGGCUCCCCUCGUCGCCUUCCUCUCUCAUGACUCAUGCUCUGACAAUGGCUGUGUCUUCGAGACUGCAGGAGGAUGGUCUGCAAAAGUGCGCCUACAGCAGGCAGAGGGUGCUGUCUUACAGCGACCGUUCACAGUGGAAGAUGUGCGUGAUAACUGGGCCAAGAUCUGCGACAUGUCCAAUCCCCACUACCCUACUGCUGCUACAGAGACCACUAUGAGGAUUAUGCCUGAUCUGAAGAAAGCAGCCGGUAUGGCUGAUGAGGGGUCAGAGGACACUAACGGGGGGACUGGUAAAACUAUGGAGCCUGUAAAGACCGUCUUCACGAACAGAGACGCCAUCAUGUAUGCUCUAGGAGUUGGCUGUGGUGUGACUCGUACUGACCUUUCUGACCUCAAGUACUUGUACGAGGGUCAUCCAGACUUCUCUGUACUGCCCUCCUUUGCUGUCAUCCCACCCAUGAAUGGCGUCAUGGGGAAAGUCUUGUCCGGGGGUAUUGGUAAUCUCAAAGAGUACAACUUGGCCCAGGCCCUCCAUGGAGAGCAGUAUGUGGAGCUGAAGAGACCCUUCCCCACUGAGGGCACACUCUAUUCUGAGGGUCGAGUGGUGGACCUGGCUGACAAGAAGUCUGGUGCUCUAGUGGUCGUCAAUGCUGAGACCCGUACCGAGUCUGGAGAGUUGAUAUGCAUCAACCAGUUCUCAAUCUUCAUUGUUGGAGCUGGAGGAUUCGGUGGAAAGAGAGAGGCUCCCAAUCUCAAGCCGACACUUCCAGCCCCCAACCGUGCUCCGGAUGCCUCUCGUCAGCACAAGACCCUCCCCUCUCAAGCAGCGAUCUAUCGACUCAGUGGUGACCUCAACCCACUGCACAUUGACCCGGAAUUCGCAGCACUUGGAGGUUUCAAGGAGCCCAUUCUGCACGGUCUUUGCUCGUACGGUAUAGCCACUCGUCAUAUCCUGCGUGAGUAUUGUGGGGACGAUGUGAGUCGUGUGAGGGCCAUCAAGGCACGCUUCUCCAAACCAGUCCUCCCCGGGCAAACCAUCCAGACUGACAUGUGGAAGGAGGGCAGUAGAGUACACUUCCAGUGCAAAGCUGUGGAGACAGGCAAUGUAUGUCUGAGCGGUGGCUACAUUGACCUUAACAACAGCAGUGGACCUGCAGCUGGCUCUGUGGGGGGUCCUACCGACAGCCUUCGCUCAACAGCUGUGUUCAAGAUGCUGGGCUCACAGAUCAAUGCUGAUACAGUGAAGAAAGUGGGAGCCAUUUUCCAGUGGAAUAUCACCAAAGAUGGGAAGGUUGCUGCCAAGUGGACUACUGACCUGAAGAAUGCCCCCGGGGCAGUGUACCCUGGUCCACCCAAGGGAGAGUCCCCCGGCUGUACCCUCACCGUCUCUGACAAUGACUUCGAGGCCAUGAUCUCAGGAGCUCUCAAUGCUCAGAAGGCUUUCUUUGAUGGGAGGUUGAAGAUAGCCGGCAAUGUGAUGCUGAGUCAGAAGCUGUCUGCCCUAUUUCCUAGCAACCAAGCCAAACUCUGAACUAACUUUGCACACUUCCAUACUUUCUAAUAUAUAAGGUUUAAAGUGAUCUUGAUUUGUUUUUAGAACCCUUACACAGGCCGGCGGUGUGUGCAUGUGAUAAAUAAAAUUAUUUUUAGCAUAUUGAAGUUUAUUCGAUCAGUGUCACAUAUUGUACAGUGUGUAUACAAUGAACGACUUGUACA